GCUUGGUUGUGGUUAAUGGUUCGGGUUUGGAGGUGCUUGGACAGAUUUCUGUUGAAAUUGGGUUGAAUAAGCGAACCGAGACCGGAAAUUUGGUUGUUUUGAGGUGUUUGAAGAACUUUACACCACUUUUAGGCAGAGAUUGGCUUGACAUGUUCUAUCCUGGCUGGAAAACUCAGUUUUUACCGGCAAAUAUCAUUGGAAAUUUGGAUUACAAAUCAACUGACACAGUUUUAGGUAAUCUGAAACUGAAAUACAACAAAGUGUUCUCUAAAGACUUUACUGAACCAAUUACAGGGUACCAAGCUGAUCUGACCUUUAAAUCAGAACAACCAAUUUUCAAGAAGGCGUAUCAAGUUCCGUACAAGAUCAAAGACAAAUUUAAUGAGCAUUUGGACAUGUUGGAGCGACAGGGAGUGAUCACACCGAUCAAGGCGAGCGAGUGGGCUUCGCCAGUUAUUGCGAUUGUGAAAAAGGAUGGGGAUUUACGCAUGAUUCAAAUUGGGCGACACGUGGCUACGGCGCACAGACAUCAGCUGAAGGCGUUGCACGUUCCCAAACGUGGGUCCGCGAAGAUGUGUUUUGCGGCCAACAGUUACAAACGCAACUUCUCCUCAAUCGAUGACGAUGGAGGAUUACUCGGGCAUUCGAGGGAUUACGCGGUGUAUCGUAAGCAGAGAAAGGUUGACAACGAAUCCCGCAGUCCUGUUAGAACGAGGUCGAGGGCCAGAUUGGAGAACCAGCAGGGACACAAUUAGCAGAUCUACCUUUGCGUUCAGGUGCAAGUUCUAAGAAAUGCACAGUCGAACCAAUCAUCAUGAAAAAUACAUUUUUGCGCUGAAUUAAAGUGAAUUUGAAAUUAUAUUUCUUUCUGAUAUUGUUAACAGUGUAGUAUAUAAGCAGUGAAAUGAAAUUAAGUUUAUAUUCUCGAUAAAUAUGAAAUCAAAUACAAAUUAGAAAGAAUUUGCUUUAGAGGGAAGAUCUUGUAGUGUCCAGAUAAAAUUAUCAAUAAUAAUUAACCGUGUUCGGUAAAACCGAUUGAAUAUGAUCGGGAUGAACUCGCAACGAUCGAGUGAGAUCGGGAACGAUCGUGCGAGGUCGUGCAGGUAUAAAAAGGCAUUUUUAUUUAAUAAAAGAUUCAUUCGAAUCUAGCCGUCAGCGAG